AAAAAUGUGAAGUAUUUUCAAAACAGUUUGAAUGUAAUUUAAAGCUCUCUUCUGUACAGUGACAUCCAGUGUGUUGACUUAAUACAUACACAAAUAUGUGAUCCAUAAAAAAGACACGAGGCGCGUGCGUGUAUGUGCGUGUGCGUGUAUGUGUGUGUGUGUGUUGUGGGCGGGUCAGUCCAUGUUGAGGAGGUUUUAUAGGCUGUUGUUCAACGAGGACUUGUUGCUCCAGUAAAACCGCGGCCGUGAAGCUGAACGCGGAACACAGCGUGGAUCCCGCUCUCGCUGACGGAUCACUGAUGGAUCUGAACGAGAACCAGUCUGGAGACGAGUCCUGCGAGGGGAACCCCGAGGACCUGGACAGUGUCAAAGCCCUGACAGAGAAGCUGAAGCUCCAGACCCGCCGGCCGUCCUACCUGGAGUGGCAGGAGCGGCUGCAGACUGGACCCUGGAAGCAGACUUUCCCCUCAGGCAGCCCGGCUUAUUCAGACGGACGCACCGUGUCCACGUCCACGUCCACGUCCACGUCCAUGCCCGCGUCCAUACAUGUGGCUCUGCGCACCGACCCCGCGGCCGUGCGCAACAUCUGUGGAUUUGAUACCAUCGACGAUGCUCUGGAGUUCCUGAGAAACGAGCUGAGGGAAAUGAAAAUACAGGACAACCGUCUGGCCCGUCAGCUGAUCCGUUUGCGUGUGGAGAUCCAUCGUCUGAAAGUGGAGCAGGUGUGCGACCGCCACAAAGAGAUGCUGGACGACGCGUCCUACGAGCUGGAGGAGUGUGAGGAGGAGUCCGACCUAUCGUUCUUCUCUUUACGUGCUGAACGAUCAGCGUACUAG